AUGCAUUAUGUGCAUGCUUCGAACGAGGUUUCCACCAAAACGCGUUGUUCAAUUUCAGAAACUCCGCAGAAAACUGGUCCACCUGGCACGUUACCGCUUGGAAGGCCGGUUGAGCUAGCAAAUGAUGCUAACGAUAAUUUAUUUGAGAUAACUAGUGCACAUCAUUCAAGUGCCACUUCCGAAUCCGGAAAACUUGGUCCCGUAGGACCGGACGGUAGAGAGUCUCCGGAAACGCGUGAACGAACAACAAGACUACCGUCACCAAAAACAGUAGACGGACAAGUCUGGAAUCCAAGACAACACCACCCAACCGAAAGCACUCGGCUCAAUUCAAGCUCUGAUCUAUCUGAAAACUCAAAUUCUAAUUCGCGAAAAUCCAAUAACGUUACACAAGCACAAAAUAUUACUGAAGCCAGUCGCGAUUCACAAGACCAGAUAACCAAAGCUCCACGAGAGUUUGCCGUCGAAAUAGUGCCAGCAGAUAAAACUCGCGUUACUUCAGUUCCUGACUCCAACGACAAAGAUGUGCAACCGGAACCACAACACUUUGUGGAAGCAUCAAAAGUAUCAACUUCGGAACAGUCCACUUUCGGAGAUGCUGAUGACGGACAAUUUAUCAGCCCACUAUCAGAUAAUCGUGAGCAAUUUUCUGCUUUAGACGAUAGUCAACGUCUACAGGAAUUGCCUUCAGAUAAGCAAAGCAGCGGUGAUCGUACAGAUGUAAGUGUUGAUUUUUUAUUCUAUCAUCAUAACUCUUAA